AUGACCCUGCUCAAUAGCCUCCAUCGGGUGCAUCUGGUGAGAUGGAACUUGAAACUAGCCUUCUUUGCUACAGCAACAAUCUUCAUCCAUCUCUUGAUUUACUCAAGCUUUGGCCAAAAUGCCGCCUUGAUUGGAACCUUGAGAACGAAACUACUUAAUGGUGAACCUAACACUGGUCGGGGCCACAAUACCCAUUCUACCUACCAGGUGGGGAAUGAUAAUUUUAUCCAAGUCGCCCUUCGCAGCAUGUUUCGUGACAGUCUUCCUAUUACUGCCGAACGUUUUGUUAGUCCUACAGGAAAGGUCUAUUCACUCAAGGAACAACCGAGAUUUACCGAAUCUCUUGGAAACGAUCUGUUGAUACUCGACGUCGAAACGCGUCCUCUUCAUGGUAAUGGCCAGAUUCUGAAUGGACGUCCCUUGAAUCUUGACGAUGCAACAUUCGAUACGAUGAGUCGACUUGAUCAUUAUAUGUACGCACGAACACAUGGUUAUGACUAUAAGCUCGUCAAGGCACACGAAAUCGAUCUAAAAGGAAGCUAUACCAAGGUCCCGGCUAUGCAAAAGCUUUUGCGAGAUUACAAAUUUGUCGUUUUUUUGGACGGAGAUACACUAUUCCCAUACCCUCAUAUUCCUUUCGAAUGGCUUAUGAACCUAUGGGGUGUCACUGAUGAGACUUUGAUUGCCAUGCCGGAGGAUGUCAACGAAGCGUGGAGUUACGACUCUCGCGGUGGCUUGAUUCUCAAUUCCGGAUUCAUAGUUGUCCAACAAUCCGCUCGCACCCACGAACUACUAGACGCAUGGGCCACCUGCCCUCAGGAGACACGAUACAAUGGGUGCGCCAAAUAUAAGGAUGAUUGGCCAAAGGAGCAGUACACUUUCUCAAACUGGGUUCGGUAUGAUUUCAAUCGAUCAGACGAAGUGAUAGCUAUUCCUUGCACACAUGCAAUGGGCUACCCCGGUGCAACUCAUGGCGGAGAUAUCUGUCAUGGAGAGCUAAUGACACAUUAUACAACGGCGAAGGGAGAGACAUCUGCGGCUGUUCAGAGAUCCAUUAUGCAGUAUAUAAUUCGCGAGGUGCAUCAACAAUUUCACCAAGAGUAUGACAAGGUGGUAGUUGACGAAGUUGAGGGAUAG